CCUCAGUAUGAUACCUACCCAUUUCCAUAUAACCUCACUGUAACAACUGCCUCUUCUAUGCUAGAGAUACUAGAGUUAUGAUAAAAACUAGCAGCAUUCUUUGAUGCUCUCGCCGUUUGGUUGCUACGCAUGCCCCCCUAAUCAAGUACUUCACAGGGCAAAGAUCCUAUAUCCAAGGCUUUAUGUUUCCUAAAUUCUUGCUCCAGCCAUCUUUCUUCCGAACCAAACAGCGAAGCGUGAGGUCCAGAGUGCCAACUUCGGAAGAAGGAUCCGGACGAUUUCUGAAGCCAAGUGACGCCGGUUAUCUGGAGGGCCAUGUCUCAUGCAUCCGCUGUUCACACUGUGCAGCAGAUAUAUGCCUGACGUCGCAGAUAAUUAGCAAAGGAUUCACCGGUCGCUAUGGCCGUGCCUAUCUUGUGUCCGGCGAGCCUACGCUCGCUAGAGGACCUUCACCAACCGAUACACUUCUAAAUACGAUGAUACAGCAGCCCCUGCCGCGGAGACUGGUCACUGGUGCGCACACAGUAGGCGACAUCAACUGUUCCAUUUGCGGAAAUGUGCUCGGCUGGAAAUAUAUCGCUGCUGAAGAAGAGUCGCAACGUUACAAGGUCGGCAAGUUCAUUUUGGAGACCGAAAGGGUUAUGACAUCUUCUUUUUGGGAAUCGCCCGCCUUUGUUGAAACAGCAUUACUCCCGGCGUAUACCAGCUCUACCGAGGUUGGACAUGACCAACCUUCGAACAGUAUAGAAUUUGAUAGCCAGAACGAAGAUGAAUGCGAGGACUUAUUCUCUGGAAUCUGGACCCCUGGGUUGGCUGUACGUCGAAGAAAUCGCAAACUACCUGAACGCCGGUCUUCUCUAUUCGGAAUCACAGCCCUAUGAUAAUGAGUUAUGCUCUUGCGCCUAAUGAAGCUUCAUGAGAAUCUCCAUGUUUGAUGAAAUGAAGUAUGACCCAACAGCCCCACAGUUUCAGACGGAGCAAGGUGGGGUUGUUUGCUAUGAAACCGCCUUGCUUUGUGCACCAGACGGCUCUGAUUCUUUGAUUCAUUUUCUCCUUUUCUCCCUUAUGGUUCGUUGGGAGCUACCUUAAUCAGUAAUAAUAAUAUGUGGUAU